GCCACCGUGCCAACACGUCUCCAUACAUUUUCCACUUUUACUCCAAUUAAAAUUAGUGAAAAUAUUCGAAAUUAGCAUCGAAACAUCAAGUGUGUGGUUUAAAGCAGGCGAUAUACUCAGUGCGUGAAUGCCGCCGCGCGAUGUGCCAGUGAGCCAGGAUGGUGGCCAACAUAGGCGGAAUCAGCCCGACUAAUGUGGAGGCAACAGCUUACAUAAGCGCGGUAGCGGCGUUCGCCGUGGUGGUGCUGGUGGUGCUGCUGUUCCUGGGCCGGCGCUGGUGCUACUCCGCGGUCUUCGGCCGCAAGUGCUGCGAUGACGUGCUCGCCGUGAACGCGGUCACCUCGGCCGGACUACCGCUCGACAAUGCUCCAUUUGAUGCUUUGUCGAAAACGAACCAUUAUCCUGAACGCGUAUUCACGUUCGAGGCCUCCGACUCGGAUGAAGAACUGCGCUUGCGCAUACAACAGGAUAAAGAGGAGGUGGAAUGCAGGUACGAGGAAAAGAACGAGAAUCAGAACCAGUCCAAAGUGGAGGUGGAAGUGAUAGAGAACACGCUGCGAGAGACCAGCCUUCGGGAGUCGCGUGACACCAGCCUCCGGGAGACGAAGAUCGAUGAAGUGGUGCAGCAGAGAGCUGAGUACAUACACACCUUGGAGGCGCAGAGCAGUGUUGAAAGCGAUGUUAUUGCGCAUAAUGACACAUCGUUACUUUGCGGCGAGAGCGGCGGGGGAUCGCAGGAGCGCGGGUCCGUAGAGCUGACGUUGCUCUUCGAUGCACCUGUACGUGCCAUGACCGUGCACGUGCUACAGGCGCGGUCGUUGCCGCAGAAGGCGCCCGGACAAGUAUUACAGAGCCAGGUCCGCAUUGUUCUAUUGCCGUUAAAGAAACAGAAGUACAAGUCAAAGAUACGCAAUGGGGAGAACCCACAGUACAUGGAGAGUUUCGUCUUGCACAAAAUCAACCCAGAGGAUGUCCACGGUCUCGGACUUCGUAUACGGAUAUAUGGGUGUGAGCGGAUGCGUCGACAACGACUGCUUGGUGAAGCUGCAGUUAGCUUCGCCAAUCUGAACUUCGAGCUGGAGAACAACUUGUGGCUCCAAUUGUCACCAAGACAACAUCAUCAUCAGCCUACCCUGCAGCUGCCCAAAUUGGACCUCAACCAUUCUAUCACGGGUGUGUUAGCGAGUCCAUCAUCAAUAACCACAGCCAUGUCACCCAGUACUUUGGGCGGAGAGGCGUGCAGUCUCGCAAGAUCAGAUUCUGCGUCAUCCUGCUGUAGCACGCGUUCUGCUCCCGAGCUUCUGCUUGGGCUACAGUAUAACCCGACUACUGGACAUUUGUCUGUAGAGAUCAUAAAAGGCACACAUUUUCGUAAGCUGUCGCCCAAUAAAGCACCAGACACAUAUGUAAAAUUGGUGCUCAUCAGUUCUUUGGGUAUGGAGAUGGGACGCUGCAAGUCGUCGACGCGCCGAGCGCAGUCCAACCCACUUUAUAAGGAACUCUUUAUAUUUCAGGUGGCGCUGUUCCAGUUGACUGAAGUAACAUUAAUGGUGUCAGUGUGGUGGCGUCGUAGCGUCAAACGCAACGAGAUGGUGGGCUGGUUCUCUCUCGGACACAGCUCCUCGGGGAGAGAAGAGGAGAGGCAUUGGCAGGACCUGUGUGAACAACAAGGACAACAGCCAUCCGUCCAGGUGCAGCGAUGGCACGUGCUGCUGGACUCCUGACGGUCGUCCACAUAGUGCGCGCCGGACGCGCCCGUGUGAACUGACCCUGCCUUGCCCCUCGGCAUCGCUCGCAACUUGCAACUGCAGUUCCUGCACAAGACCCUGGCCGCACCGCGAAGGUGCUUUUACGCCGAGACCUUCUCCGGCGUCCGCCAGCACGCACUCGUGUGACUCUAGUCAAGACUCGAGACUGCGGGCUCUUCGAGUCUACGCGUCUGUCUAUGACUCUCUUGUUUCGCGUUCCACUUUCGUGGACGAAUCGCCCGCGAAGCCGUGAAUUAGCAAACCGCGAAUGUGAAACCAUUUUGCAAUAUUCUUCGCCGCUUAGCGUUGAUCUAGCACUAUUAAAAGCAAAAGAAGAAAAAGAAGAAUAUUAUUUGCGUCUUCGCGUCUUGUUCCCCGAUUUUUGUCGGGUUUCGUCCUGCAUUAAAAUCGAAUUCGGUGUGAACGCAAACUCUUCAUACUCACGUAUGGAGGGUGGAGAGGGCAUUUACCUAUGUACCCUUUUGUCGGCCUCAAAGGUCUUUUUACGAGUUUGGUGUUGUGAAACUUCGUAAUUGCUUUCUUUGUGGAAGUUGGAAGUUGUUCAAUUAUAGUUAUUCACGUUUGGUGUGCUUCAUAUAUUACUUAUUAUACAUUGUUCUUAUAGGAGAAGCGUGUCUGACUGAUAGAUUCUUGGAGCGUUAUGAUUUUU